AUGUGCUCGAAAUUGUUACGUGAAUUGACCACUGACAUUGUGAGGCAAGCGGCAGCUACAAAGCCGCUGCCGUUGCAGUUGCAGCGGAGGCAUUUUAUAAUGCCGCCAAGCCAGCUGGGAGAGCAGCCGUCCAAGGUGAAGAUAAUCAACAAUAGGCACGUGCCGCAACUGGUCCUCAAAUACAAUCCAGUCAAGUACUAUCUGAGCAAGUUGCGCAUGUGGAAGCUGCGAUGGACCUGGGAUCGGGGAUUCAAGCAGCACGACUUUGUCGAGGAGUCCAAGCGAGCAGCCGUCACCCUGACGAAUAUUCUGCGGUUACGCGAUAUGACAAAUAUUGAUGCCUAUUCGACCUCAAAUGUCUACUACCAAAUGGCCACCGAGACGGUCAACUUUCCACAUGAGGCAUUUGUUGAGUUGUUGCGUUUCCGUCAACAGGAUAUCCGUCAAGCGGUGCCGAUUAAUGUCCAUCUUCAUAAUAUACUCGGCUUGAAGUAUGCUGUCAUCGAUGUGGUCCUUGUGGGUUUGCGUCAUGUGGCCGACUGUGACAGCGAUGAGGAUUUGGCCAAAAUGAAGGCUGCUCUGAUGGAAAUAGAACCGGAAUUUAGGCAACAACUGGAGGAUCCCAGUGCUCAAUUGCCGUACGUGUUCAUCGAGCUGUUUAUGCGCUUCCGGCGUAACUAUUCCAAUGCAGAACAAAUCUCUGGCCAGCAGCUAGCCAACCACACGAAUCGUUGGCUUGUGUCCGUUUAUAAAAUAUGUAGAUUCAACAUAUUUACGGUGCCACCAGCCACCAUUUAG